AUGGACGACAGGAGGGAGAUGGAUCCGGCGGCGGGGGCGCCCAGGAGGGCGGCCACCGCCAGCGGGACGCCCACCGUGUCGCACGGCUCCAGCAUGCCUUCCUCGUGCUCCUCCAACUCCAACACGUCCGCUUCCGCCUCCGCCUCCGCCUCCGCUUCCACGGGGACGCCGCCGUCGGCCGUCGUGCAGUGGGCGGCGCGCGCGGGCGCGGGGGACAGCUGCUACUACCCCGGCUGCCGCAAGGACGCCAACUGCGCCUGCGAGAUAUGCCUCGCUAGCAUCGACGCCACGCGGGACCUGGUGCGCGCGCCCGAGGUGGCCUCCGCGCGCAGGUUCUUCGCCGCCGCCGCCGCCUCCAGGGAACGGAGACCAGCGCUCUUAUUCCGCGACCGCGCCGCGGGGGCGGGGUCGGAUUCCACCGAGCCGCCGUGGACGCCGCCGAUGCGGUCCACGGCCAAAUCCAGGCGGGCGCCGGGGCGGGAGCCGGCCAGGGCCCCCGCGGCGAGGGGCGGCGGUUGGUCGCACGACUGGCCGCUGUACGCGGCCACGGUUCUUGGGUUCUUGCUCCUGCUGUGGGUGGACACGGGGCUCGUCCCGGAGGCCGCGGCCUGGGGGUUCGGGUCCAAGCUGUCGCCGGAAGCCGUGGCGCAGGUGGGGGCCGAUGCGCGCCUCGCGCCUGGCGGCCUGGAACAUAAGCUGCGCGUCCUGGAGCGCAGGGUCCGCCAGCUUGUCGGCGGUGAAGGGGUCGCCAAUUGCAGCUCGCGAGACUCCGUCUGGAGAUUCCACCAGAAUGAUCAGCAGGUGUUCCACUGGCGCUGCACGAUGUACAAAUCGGUGGCGGAGGAGGUCACCGUCUGGGGGAGCCCUCUCCGCACCUCCGGCCUCCUCCCAAGAGCGCUCUCGGCGCGGCACCUCACCCUCCUCUCCGGCGAGAUCACCGAGUGGUCCGACGGGAGGGUGUGGCCGACGGUGCGGGCGAGCAACAGCAACUCCUGGGCCCACCGGCGGCAGAGCGCGAUGGCGGUGCGGCUGGAGCCGGAGACGUGGGUGCUGGAGUACCAGAGGAGCGCGCUGUUCGAGGGCACACGCCUGCUACCGGCCGCCGCGGAGCUGAUCGCGUCCAGGUGCUCGACGAUGGCGCGGCGAGCGCGGCGCAGGCUGCAGGGUAGGCGGCGGCUUUUCGGUGGUGCGCAGGCGAAUCCGACCUGA